AUGUAUGUGACCAGCUUUCAGGAUUUGGAAGAAGCAAGAUACCAACAAAAUAUCACUCCUGGGGCUCCCGGGGUGGAUACUGGUUCAGAGUCCAUUGCAAACAACUAUAACACACUUGCUCUCUCUAGAGAAAUUGGAAUUGUCAAAGAUUUGAUCGAAAGGUGUCUGCAACUCUAUAUGAAUAAAGAUGAAGUGGUCAAGACACUCUUAGAACAAGCUAGAAUUGAGCCUGGCUUUACAAGCAUAGUAUGGGAUAGAUUGGGGCAAGAAAAUGCAGAAUUUUUUAAGGCCUAUCACACAAAGUUAAUUCUGAAGGAACAAAUUACUAUGUUCAAUGAAUUACUUGAGAAGCACUGCCAUCUGCUGAAUUUCACUGCACCUCUAGAGGCUCCCUUGGCUCCAGUGGAGGAAGUCAUUCAGCACAUGCCAGUUAACCAUCUUCAUAAGGGACAUACCCUUCUGCAGCAGCAACCAAUUCUAUCAACAGGUCAUCCCCAGAAUGAUUCAAUGGGCACUAUUUCCAACUACGACCUGGUAAAUGAAAACCCUGAAUGUGGCAAUUUCCACUCAACUCAGAUGAAUUAUGGGAGAUGGAUGCCAAUGGACAAUAACACAGCAGAUAUAGCACCUAUCCGACCUUUAAUAAAGUCAGAGAUUCCAAGUCCUGUAUCGGUUGCAUCCCACGAUCCAUUUUCUUUCAUUCCAGAGAUGCCAGAGAUUGUGGACCCAUCAGCUUUUGAAUUUGCUGAGUUAUCUCAUGUGCGAAGUGGAAGACAGGUGCUACCUGGACCUGGUAAUGCUGGCUUCAGUAACGUAGAAGUCAAGGAGUUCUUUGCCGAUACCAUUCCUGCCCCAGGCUCCCUAUCAGAAGAAGAAUCUUAA